AUGAGGAGGUUAAGAGGAAUCAAAAUCAGAAGACCGAUUCAACUAAUCUCAAGAUGGAUCCUUCGGAAAACCCGUAUCCACCGUUCGAGAUAUACCCGUUUAAGCCCGGGCCGACCGGUUUGUAAACCGAGAGCCAUCACAAAACUCAUAAGCUGGGGUCGGAGUCUCACAUCACACGGCGCCAGACUUCUCGGGUCUAAAAGAUCAAGUUCCGGAUACAUACCAAUUGGACAGGAUCCGAUUCGAGAAAAACCCAACCCGGUUCCGAAAGGUCACUCGGCGGUUUACGUCGGCAGAAAAGACGGAGACUUUCACAGAGUUUUGGUGCCCAUCGUUUACUUUAACCAUCCUCUGUUCGGUGAGCUUCUGAGAGAGGCAGAAGAAGAGUUUGGGUUUUGUCAAGAAGGUGGAAUCACUAUCCCUUGUCCUUAUUCGGAUUUUAAAAGGGUCCAGACCCGAAUUGAAUCUGGUUCGGGUUUCGGUAAACUUCCCUGGAGCCGGAGCCGGAGCCGGCAAUAA